AUGACAACUAUAAAUAUUCAUUCACCACCAGAUGAAGUAUUAUUCUAUGCAAAUGAUUCAUUUUAUAAAUUUGUUGAACAAUGUCUAGGUACAGACGAAAUGGAAUUGAUUAAAAUACAAGGUAUCAAAAAUACAAGAACAUUAAUUCAUUUACCCAAUGUUUUAGACGUGUUAAAAGUUGAAUGUGAAGCUUUGGAUGAUAUACAAACCCGUGUAUGCUUUAAAUUAAAAGAUAAUACAUAUAUAGUGAAACCGGGUGUGGUAGCAGGUGUUGAAGAUUUUGUUGAGGCAUUAAGAGCAAAAGAUAAAGAAUAUUUGAAAAAAACUGAACAACAACAGAAAAAAUCAAAACGAAAGACAGAUAAUGAUAAAUCAAAACCAAGUAUCAAUCAAGCAUCUCCCUCACAACCAUUGACUGCUAAUUCUUCGGCUACACCUUCAUUAGCAUUCUUAUCGACCAAUAAUUCUCCCUCUACACCGUCAGAAGCGCUUCCAAGUAUAAAUGGUUGUAAGCAAUUAAUUAACGAAUUUAUUGAAAAGUGGUGCAAAUCAUAUAUGCCAGAUAUUUUAUUACAUGAAAGUAAUGAUUAUACACUAUUUGUCAAAGAAUCAAAUAUGCAUUUGAAAUGCAGUUGUGGUAUCGAAAUGAAAUUACCAUUUCAACCAAAAACAAAAACAUUUCAAAUUUCAUCUUUCUACCGACAUGUCAAACAGACAAAUUGUUCAAUGAUCAAACAAAAACAAAAUGCUAAUCAACACCUAGCAACAAAUGAUCAAACAAAAGAUCAUGAUCAAAGCGAUAUUGCACCUGUUGUUGAAGACGUUGACAGCUCACAAACUCAACAUAGCAAUAGUCAAUCUUUGUCGUUAUCAUCAUCAAUUAUUUGUAAAAAUCCCCGUGCAAGUUUGAAGCGAAUUCAUAAAUCCUCACUACCAAUAACAAUAACAUCUGGUGCAGGAAAUGAAACAUCAUCAAAAAGAUCGAAAAAUAGACAAUGA